AUGAUAUCCAACUCAGGUCCAUCAGUUGGAUAUCUUAAUGUGGAAGGAAUGCUUGGUUUUAGAAUUAUCCAACCUUUUUUAACAGGACAACCCAUUAGACCAGACAUCAAAUGCACAAGCUUCUGGUGGUGUGAAGAAGAAAGUGAAAUCUCAGAGGAAGACUUCCCUAACACAGAAACAAGUUGUGAAAGUGUGUCUCAAGAGGGUGGUCUUGAAGCAAAACACCAAAAAAACAAAAAAGAACAUUUAAAUCCUACUUGCACAAACAGUUACAAGAAGCUCAACAACAACUUGGAUGAAGUCAAAUCUGAAGAUGGAAAUGAUGUAUAUUCAUCAAACUCUCCAUAUUUUGAUGAAGCUCAAAAAAAGUCUGAUUUUUACAUUAGCAAUCAGGCAAAUGAAUGGGAACAUUUAGGUGCCAGACCAAAACAUAGACCCCCUAAAAAGUACAAUAAUUCCCUAGACUCUUCUUCACCAGUUGACCUGAUUCCUCCACAAGUUGUAGAACCUGUGGCUCAUGGAGUACACAACCCAUUGUUGCCUGAACAUCUUGAAGACAAAAAGGUUGGCCAUGAGUACUGGGAGUGGAUGGCGAGUGAUGAAGUUGGUUUGCUAUCAAGGUUACCUGACACAGAAACAAGGGAAACUUUGAAAGAUAUCCCUCAGCACACUCAGUUUGCCUUCCUCUUGGAUCAAAUGAAUGAACUAAAGGAAAAGGUAGAACAGCUGACUAAGAAGGUGAAGCUCCAAGAAGAGGAGAUAUUACCUCUUAAAUUGCAAAGACGUGAGAAGAAUAUUUUUCAGCCACAUACUGAAGAUAUUAGGGAGCGUGAGCCUUGUACAACCAGAGGGUCAUGGUCUGACUUUUACCAUAAGAAAGGAAAUCUCCGUAAUGAGACGCAUCUGGUGGAUAAAUCAGGUUCAUUUCGGCAUCAUAGACUUAAUGAAAUCUCAAAUUCCCUGUCAGAAUCAGAGUUACAAAGACUGAAAGGCCUUGUUCAACCAAAACUGGAUAGCUUUAGACUUGCCAAGAUCAGGGAAGGUUCAGAAUUGUUUCAGGAAUUGGAAUCCAGAGGAGAAUUGUCAUGUACCUCUGUUCGAGAUCUUCUAGAAAAAAUCCAUCGGUUUGAUCUAGCAGAGAAACUUGGUUCUUCUUCUUAUGGCAGUGAUGAAUUAUCCGAACGAGACUUUGAUUCACUUCAAGAGGGAGGUCAUAGGGAGGAAGAGUGUGAAACUGUUUGUGAUGCAAAUGAUAGAAAAUCUGAUGAACUGGAAAAAAGCAGGGGAAUGACUGCUUGUAUUGAAGGUGAAGAAGAGGUCUCUGUUGGCAACUACUCAAAUGAAACUGAUGCUGGAACUAGUACUGGGGAGGAUCUGUAUGAAUCAAGUUUACGGCAAGAGAACAUGGCUGGUUUGAAUCAAGAUUUUUUUUCACUUGAAGGCACAUCAACUUGGAACAGUAUCUCAGGUGCAAGGAACGCUGACCAGAUAGAUACAGUCAUAGAUCAGUCUAAUUCCUACAUGAGCAAUAGGUCAAAUGAAUGGGAGCAUUUCGGAGCUAGACCUAAACACAGACCCCCCAAAGAUGCUAAAGACCCUCCUGCAGAAGCUUCUUCACACCAUUCAUUGUUGGUUGACCCAGGCCCACAUCAAAUGAAUGAAUUUUUGUACUACAACAAUGCAGAGAAGGAUCCGUCACCACAGGGAGCUUCCUAUGUGGAAGGCAUGAUGAACUUGGCUGACUCAAAAGAGGCAAAACCAUACUUUGGGGAUUGUCAAGUUAUUUCAAGGCCUGAUCCAAUAUAUUGCCAAUCACAUUCUUCAUUUAAUCCUCUGACUGGUGGAACAAGUGUUCAAGGAAAUGAUACUUCUGCAUCAUUAGAGUCCACAGACAACUCCCAGCUUGAAUUAGAAGAAGAAGAAGCAUUUGCUUUGGUGGAAAGAGUUAGAGAAAGAGGAGAAAGAGGAGAGUUUUGUCAGGAAAUUGAAAAAAUAGAGCGUGGAAAACAAGCAGAAAGAGUACAGAAGAAGAAAGAGAGGGAGGCUUGUCCAGAGGCAAUAGGAACACCUCUGAGUCAGGAGGAGAGGUAUAUUGAGAUGCCAGUCACCUGUAAUGUGGAGUCAUUAAACUCUACUAACAACAGCCCUCUGGCCUUUGUACAAGGUGUCAGAGAUGCACUGAGAAAGGUUUCAGCGAGGAACUUACUGUUCAGAAGAUGGUGGUGCACAUGUUCCGUUCAGUAUGAUCAAGAUGCUGGCCCUGCAAUCUGUACAACUUGUAACAAGUAUCGAUGUCUAGGGCCAUGCAGGGUUAGAGUUCAGAGUUGCUAUGAUGAAUGCUGCAUCUGCCAGAUGCAUACCUCCAGCGGUUUGCAUAUUUUACCGUGCCUACACAGGGCUCACAUGGAGUGUAUUGUUAGGCUGAUACAGCACAACAUAUUAGAUUGCCCAUCUUGCUUUGGUGCCUUUUUUCCGUCAAGUUAAUUGUGCUCCAAGGUGUAGUCCAAGGUUGUUUAAGUAGUAGUACUUCUAAAGAGUGAAUCACUCAAGUCAUGCCUGAAAAACAAGAUUCUGGUUCCUUUUUUAACUUUCUUUAACAUAAACAGUCAAUCACAUCCAUUGCUUUUGUGUAGGAAUCUCCCCCUUCCUUAAAAAAGACUGGCGAGGCAAUUAUCAGUUAAGGUGACGUAGGAAGAGGUGAUAACUAGGGAGAGGUAGAGGUGAAGCCAAUAGGCAGAGGUGGAGGUAAUAGGCAGCGGUAAAGCAGAGCUGUCAGUCAAAGAGCUGCUAGCUGGCUAGAACCUCUGGCCAGCAAGCUACUUUCAAGCCUGUUAAUCAUAAGUGCUGAUGAAAAUUUAUAUGAUCAUCAAAAUACCAUCAAAGAAAUUUGCACAGGAGCUACUUCCUAGUUUUAGUAGAAUUGUGUGGAUAAUUUAAAACUUAUGGGUUUAAAUGCAUGAAAUGAUUCCAUUUUCAGAAUUGUUGCAAAGGCUCGUGCCAACUUCCUGGUUUGUGUUUAGUUCCCUGUUUUCCAAGUAGUCUGACAAAACAUAAUAGCAUACACAAAAACUACCUGCCUGCUAUUUCAUUAUAGUCCUCUACUUCCAAACCAAUUGACAGCCUUGCUAAAGUCAAAGGAGACUGAUAAUAGUGUUGUUACAAUUAUGGUAAACUUUUGAUGGCUGAAGAGAAAUCCUUAUUUGCUUCAGUAUUUAACUGAAUAUUUAUUCAAUACCAUUUUUAAGGGAAAAAAAGAUCAAAGCAUUUGGUGAAACAAAGUUAGGGAAGUUUGUUUUCAGCAUCACAAGAUGCAUUUGUUUUCGUCAUCCAUCGUACUUCCAUUUGUUUAAACUACGCAAUAAUUUAAGUAACAAUAAUUUAUUAAUAUGUAUGAUAUGAAAGAACAGAAGACGUUAGCGUUAAAUGUUCAGCUGAACAAGUAGUAUUGUUAUGAAACCCAAGUAAACAAUACCCAUAGAAUCAUUCAUUCUAUGUUGAUACUGGACUUCUUACUUGGAUAGUCAUCCAGUCAUUUUGAAGCUAAUUCUAGCUCAGAUAGUGACUUCAUCAAGAUGACUGCCAAUAUAGAAGAUAAUCAGAAAUUAUGAUAGAGACUCACUAGAGUUGCCAAACAUUUUCCUGCUGGAAGUGGAAUAGAAGGAAGAGAGGAGAUUGAGAAGUGAUUGAUUGAAAGAAGAGAGUGAAAUAAGAGCAGAAAUAGCAAAGGGAGGCAGGGAGGUGGAGAAAGCCAGAUGGUGGCAACAAUGUCUGGAAGCAAUGAGAAGACCCUCGCAUUUUUGGGAGAACUCUUUGAAUUCUGUGAGCUUCCUGUUGCACAACAACAGCUCUCACAACCAAAUCAGCUCUUAGAUAUUUUUACAAGGGGUAUAAAAGAGCAGCAUGGUUAAGGAUUUCAGCAGGGAACCCAUAGAUCAUGGCACAAAUUUGCUGAUGAAGAUGUAAGCAGCUGAUGUUUUUUAGUGAUAAAAGGAUGUAUAUAGUGUUUGUCAAUUUUGUCAUGCUCACACAAGGUUCACGUGGAGUGUAUUGUCAGGCUGAUUUGGCACAACUUAUUACAUUGCCCAUUGUGUGGGCAUUGUGGGCUUGACUUUUUUCCCCAAGAGUAACAGAACCCCAAAGUCUGCAUCAGGCUUUAAAAAAGUGAAGCCCAUCUUUGUUGUUCAAGGAGUAUUAUCUCAGAGAUGUGAAUCGUCCGAGCCAUGCUGAAUAGUCAUAUUCCUGUCAUACCAAUGGGGAAUCACAUCUGUUGCCUAUGAGUGGGAAUUUCUUCCAUCUUUUCCUUAGGAAAGGUUUACUGGGGGUAUAUAUUUUCUUUUUAUCAAGUAAAAUGAGAAAAGAAAAGUUGAUUAUUUCUAAUACAGUGGAGAUCACACCUUCACUAUAAAACAAUCAUUAUUAUCUAACCUGGUGAAUCUCAUUGUGUCCUUUUAAAGGCCUUUUAUUAUUUUCUAUUUAUUUAUAUAUUUCAUUUGAUAUUAAUUUCCUCCAUAGUUAAAAUAUAUUUCACAAAGAAGAGAAUUUGUGAUAAAUAAGUUGGAAAAUUAUAGUAAAAUGUAACACAAUGAAUUGGCAAAGGUUUGUGAAGACUAUGGAUAUGGCCUUGGUUUAAGUUAUCUUGGUUCUGAGGUUAAAGUAAAAAAAUAAAAUGUAGUAUU